AAGCACAUAUUUUAUAAGGAGUUUUAAACAAUGCAAAAUUGAACAAUAAUAUGGAUUGAAUUUUUUACUGUAAGAAACGCAAUUGGCGACGUGCUUGUGAAAUAAAUGAACUGUGUGAAAACAAUCCUUACGAGUUCUCAUAGUUCAAUAUUUAAUAAAUUCAAUAGAAUGAGUUACCGAAUUAUUAUUUCAAGUGAAACCGAAAAAUUUUCGUUUAUUGGCCGAAGUAAUAACGCAUAAUUGCCGUGCCAGUGAUUUUUUCAAGGCUGUGGCAGUUAAAUCUAAUUUAUAGUGCGAUAAAAUAUAGUCAGUGUGACAAAGUGAUAGCGACAAUAAAUUUCACUAAUUCGUUUUGCUCUCCAUUCGCACCAGCCCAAGCAUCCAGCAAACAACGAAAAUAGCGUCGAUUCCGCUAUACUGGCUACCGAAUGGAUAAUGGGUAUUUGUUUAGACACAGAUGCCAGCGCGGCACAAGAUACCGGCGAAACCGGGAACGAUUGGAAUCAUAUACGAACUCAAAACAGUGCCAACGGACGGAUCGGUACGGGAAACAUGGUCGCCAUAGACAUGCCAAAUGCUGGAAAAAUAAAAUUCGAUCCGCCCAAAGUGCCAGUGAUAUUUGUUUUAGGCGGCCCAGGUAGUGGAAAGGUGACACACUGUGACACAUUUAUGCAGGAGCGCCGUGGUGUGACACAUAUAAAUAUGAUGGAUUUGUUGCAGCAGUAUGCAAUGGGUAACGAUAUGCAAGACUUCUCGCAACUAUCCUCAAAGACCGUCACUGAGGUGCUCAUGCUGGAAAUGAAAAUGGCUCCAGCUGCCAAAGCGUACCUAAUUUCGGGAUUUCCACGCUCAAUGCGCGACGUGGUCGAAUAUUCGGAAAAGAUUCAAGUCGUGAAUGGCGUGAUUUUGAUAUCCUGGCGUCAAUCGGUUCUGCAAAAGCAAAUUGAUUAUGGCGCAAAAUUAGGUCAUGUCGUACUCUCCUUAGCCAAAAUGGAAUUAGAGAAUUUCUUUAAAAAUGUGAUGCCUGUAGCAGACUACUUCGAUCAAAGUGAUAUGUUAAUAGCUGUAAAUGGUGAGCGGGCGCCAGCCGAAGUGUACAAAGACUUUCGUACUGCUGUACUCGACAUACUGAGCACGCUUGAAAAUCAAGAGGCCAUGCUGAAUGGAGUUACAGGUAUGGGCAGAGGGAUAAAUGAUAUACCCGGCAGUAUUGUUAGCGUAGACACCGCACCUAGUCAAGCCGCGAAUAUUGCAGACAUUUCAAAUGCCAACGCCAACAACAAAACUGUAUUUGCUGCCAACACCAACCACAACAACAAUAGAAGCCAUUACAACAACAAUGUGGGCAAUCAGAGCAUAGCGAAUGCAAUGGGCGCACACAUUGCUUCAGGUGUCACUGCUGCUGCUGCGACUGCAGGAAUAACAGAUGCUGAAGUCAUCACCUCACAACCUGCAUUGACGACAACCAAUAAUGCCGCGACGAGUAUGGACCACAAUAUGGACAAUAUACCGCCAGUAAUUUGGGUCAUCGGUGGACCAGGUAGCAAUAAAGCGAGGCUGUGCAUGAAGGCUGUGGGUUUGAAUCCUGGUUGGGGGCACAUAAGCAUGGGACGACUUUUGCGUGUCAUAACCGACUCGGCACCACGUGCCAAUACUGAAAACUAUACCGUCAAAGAGUCACUUUCCGCUGGCGAAAUGGUGCCGGAGAAGGCGAUUAGCAACAUACUCGAUGCGAAUAUACGGCAAAUGAUGGAUCGUAAAGGCAUACUGAUCGAUGGUUAUCCACGAAAUUUGCAACAAAUCAAACAUUUUGAAAAUAAGUACAAACAGCGACCUCCCAUUGUGCUGCUGGACUGUUCAAAACUGCAGUUGGGCCGUGGACGGGUCGAUGAUACUGUCUCCUCGUUUCGGCGUCGGCUAGAACUUUUCCGAGAGGAAACCCUACCAAUGCUGAAGACUAUGGAUAAAGAUAAUCGGCUGCAAAUUGUCGAUGGCGAUACAGACAGCCCAUCAGUGCAGCGCGAAUUCGAAAAAAUCAUACGCCAGCACGUACAAAAUAUACAAGAUGAUGGAACUCGACCAGCAAGCAAUAUGAUUGAUGCUGGCAUGAUGACCAAUCAUGUGAAUCGUGAUCAAACCGAUGCCAUUUUACAUGAUCUGGAAAAUAAUGUUCCGGGUGCAGUGCCAACUAUAAGUCAUCAUGUAUCGCUCAUGAAUGGCCAUUUGAAGAAUCGAAAUAAUAGUGCAGCAAAUAGCUUAAACAGUAAUCAACCGACAAUGAACGGCGAUAUACGCGUAUCGGGAAUGACCGGUGGUAUGGAUUUUAGACACAUGCUCGAGGAGGCUGAGAGAUACCCCGUAGACUCGUAUAUGUAAAAAGGGGGCAGGAGUACAGUACAGAGAAAAAUAAAGCUAAAAGAAAUGUAUUUAAGUGCAUAAAUUCCACUAAGUAUAUCUACUUAUAUUUUCGUUGCUGUGUUAAACAUUUUGAGAGUCCAAUUAUUCCGAAAAUUCUGUUAUAUGCGGUACCGCAACCUUUCAGCCGUUUCGUUUGUUGCUAUUAGCCUUCAUCAGAUUUGCAUGUAUCGAAAACUUUCGAAAACUGCUCCAAAAAAACAUGUGAUUUCCUUUCACGGUCCCUGUAAUUUAAAUUUAUUUUAAAAUUCCCGGUGUACAAAUAUAUUUGAUGCUGAACUUCAGAAGUGGGUAGCUCCAAAACGAGCUGUUUAAAGGCUUCAACAACCUACAGACGUCGAAACACAUUGACCGCGCAUUUUAUUUUUGAUAUACUUGUGGCACGGGAGAGAUGGCAUUGUCUUGUUGCAGGAUGAUUCGUCUUCAGUGUUUGGUUUCCCUUAAUGCUUCGAAAACUUCUGGCAAACAACUGGUUGUGUAUCACUCAGAAUUGACUAUUUUAAGUUUCUCUAGUGUUGCAGUCACGACAUCAUCAGAUGCUUUGAGGUAUUUCUUCCGCCAACAACUUUUGUUGUAUUGAGCUCAUCACGGAACAUAUUAUCGAUUGUUAUUUUGUUUCCGACUCAUGCGCACAGAUCCAAGAUUAUUUACAUAGUAGGAUAUAACAGACAUGAUUUGCAUCAUC